UGUUCUUAACACUUCUGACUUAAUAUUUCUUGUGAGAAUAUGUCGAAGUAUGAGAUCUGUAGAUACAUGCCACUGUUGUACAGCGUCGCUAACAAGCCAUUGGAUCUAUGGUCAAAACAUGUAUCCUUUGGUGGCAAAGUUCGUAGAGUGAGCGACGAUCUAUUACAUGGAGAUAAAGUAAUCGAGAUCACCGGACCUCACGACAACACGAUUCCCACGAACAUAACUAUUCCUGCCAAAGCACUAGACAUCCUGAACAUAAAACUUCCUGUUCUCGUAUUAGUUGUAAAGAAUUUGAACUUGUGGUUCAAACUGGAAGUUCAAAUAAUAGAUAAACAACAAUAUCGGAGAAGAUUCUCCUUUAUGACCUACAAUGUUGAAAGACUACCAAGCAUCAAUGCAAGUGUGGCUAGUAUUCCAUUGAGAUUGGAUGACUGUUGGAAUUUCUUAGAAAUAAAUCUUCAGAGUCUAUGUCACCAAGUGUAUAAGACGGAUUACGAGGCUCUACAAAGAGUAAUGAUCUAUCCAAAUUGUCUUUUAAGAAGAGUGUAUCUACAAGAUCAUCAUUAUAAUGAUGAUGAAACUCAUGUCGAGCUACAUCAAGCUGUUUUCAAUAUGUUAAAGCAGGGAAUCAAUUUCGAAAAGUCUUGUCAGAUGGAAGAUUGUUACACAGGACCUUUAGAGCAAUCUAAUUUGAAUUGUUUUGUUAAAGAUAAUUCUAGUAGUACAUUAAUAAAAGUGGAUUCAUGUAAAACCGUAGGCAGCAUGGAAAAACUGAAAAGUAAUCUAUCGAACUUAAAUUUAUACAAUUCUGAUACAUUAAAAAGGAAUCACAUGUCACUGGAUGCUUUAAACGAUGCAAUAAAAAAACAACAUGUUUUUAAAAGACAAAGUGAAUACUUCAUAAAAUCUCUAGUAAAUGAUCCAAUUAUAGAAAAUAAAUUAGAAAAAGAUAAUAGUGAUAUAACAGAAAAAAUAGGAAAAAAUAAUUCCACGAUAGCAAAAUUUAAAGUAGAUGCCAUGGGUUCUUCGUCGUCUUUUAAACCUGAUCUAUCUGAAAAUAUUAAGCUUGAUAACAUAAAUAAUAAUGUGUUCGACAUUCCAAGCAAUAAAUGUAUUCAUUCCAAGCAUAAAUAUGUAAAAGAGAGUGAUAAAAGUAUCAUCAAUCGUUUAAGAUCUUUAGUUAGUAUCGAGGAAGGUGCUGAAAAUUUAAAUGAAAAUGUGUCCACAAAUAAAUGUAUUUCAUCUCUAAUCGAGAAAGAAGACGAGAACUGGACGAAAUGA